AUGAGGUCGUGGUUGAUAUGUAUAGUCUUAAUUAGCAUGCUCGUGGUGAGCCAAGAAGUGGCCUCCGAGACCAAGUUUCUUAAAUUUCCUGAUCCUUGCCAACAACCUAACCCACCUCUCGGUUGUUCUAUUGGAAAUGCAGUACCAGCUAAUCCUUACCGUCGAGGCUGCUCUAAAAUCACACGUUGUCGUGGAGGAUGA